CUUACCCGCUUAACCAGUUUAUUGCAAAUUGCACCUCAUCGGUUCAAGGAUCGUCUACUCUUAAUUAGUGAGGACCGAUUUUCGUUAAGUGUGUUUUGGUAAUUUUCCCUUCGCGGUGAUAACGCAGGCAAUUAGGCGAGAUUUUUUUCCAAAUUUUCUUGAUUAUUGCUCCGUCGCGAGGUUGGUGGGGGAAUCUCAAGUACAAAGAACAGCUGGGUUUUUCUUUUUUGUUGAAAAUGUGCUCAGUUGUAGGAUAGCGGGCGAGGUACCGAGAUUCUUUUAAAAAAAAAUGACCAUGACGCGCGAAGGUGGCGACAUCACUUACGCGGAUAUGGUGCAGACCGUCCCCGAGAAGUCCAAAAUUGCCCAGUACUUUUCGGGCGGUCACGUCUUCGUAACAGGCGCGACGGGCUUUUUGGGCAAGCUCAUCACGGAGAAAUUGCUGCGUUCCUGCGGCGAUUUGGAGAAAUUGUAUCUUCUGAUACGCGAGAAGAAAGGGAAGAAGGUCGCCGAUCGGGGCGCGGAAAUCUUCGACAAUGUCAUUUUCGAGCAGCUCAAGAACGAACAGCCCAAGUUCAUGGAGAAGGUGGUCUUGGUCGCGGGCGACUGCAUAAAGCCCGAGCUUGGAUUGGGCGGUGAUGACAGGGAGACGCUGCUGAAGAACGUCACCUGCGUCUUCCACUGCGCCGCCACCGUCAAGUUCGACGAGAAGAUCCGCACGGCCGCCUACAUCAACGUGAGGGCCACCCGGGAUCUCGUCAACAUGGCGAAGCAGAUGAUCAAUUUAAAAUCGUUCAUAUACAUUUCGACGGCCUACGCCCACUGCUGCAGGAAGGACAUCCAGGAAGUCGUCUACGAAACCCCAAUCACCGGGGAGAAACUGCUGACGCUUGUCGACACCUGCAGCGACGACUUCCUCAACAAGGUCACACCAACGCUCCUAGGCGAGUGGCCCAACACUUACGUGUUCACAAAGGCCGUCGCCGAAGAGGUCGUCGGAAGCAGCGCCAGAGGAUUGCCGAUCGCGAUCGUUCGCCCUUCCAUAGUGGUGGCGACCGCCAAGGGCCCUCUGGCCGGUUGGAUCGACAACAUGUACGGCGUGACCGGAAUCACGGUCGGCAUCGCCUUGGGGUUGAUCCGCACGCUGCACUGCAAGAAGGAUUGCGUAGCCGACAUCGUCCCCGCCGAUUACGUGAUUAAUAGCGCGAUCGCGGCCGCCUGGAGCAUCGGGAACAAAGAGUCUAUGAACAAGGAAAUUACUAACGAUAACAGCGAAGUGUCCGUAUUCAACUACGUGUGCUCCACGCAGACGACAAUCACCUGGCGGGUAUGGAUGGAAUACUCGAAGCACUAUUUGAAGCAGGUACCAUCGCCUCUUCAACUCUGGCACCACUUCUUCAUCCUAAACUCUAACUAUUUCAUGCACGUCCUAUGCGUUAUACUCUUCCACUACAUACCCGCCUACGUCGUCGAUUUUCUGGCGCUCUGCAUUGGAAAGCAGCCACUGUUGGUCAAGGGAUACCAAAAGGUCGGAAAGUUCACCGACGUCAUUUCGUACUUCGCGGUCCGCCAGUGGGACUUCACCAAUCAGAACACGCAGAGUCUGUAUCAGCGUAUGAGUCCGGUGGAUAAGGAGACGUUCGGGUUUGACCUGCGCGAAUUCGACUGGGACUCCUACUUCUACUCGUUCGCCCGUGGAGGGCGCGUCUACCUUUUGAAGGAUCCGAUCGACACGUUACCACAGGGGAGAGUGAAAUACUACAAGCUUCUCGUUAUGCACUAUGCUUUAGUUGCGUUUGUCUGCGCGGCGUUUUUGGGUGUUUGCUUUUGUAUUCUAAAGCUUUUUUUGUAAAUUAUAAUAAAGUGUAGAAUUGUACUUGA